AUGGAGGAGAAAGCCCCGGAGCGACAGGGCCUGCAGUACGAGGUGUCUGGUGAGGAGCACCUCUACUCCGAUUUCCCUGAGAUUGACUUGUCCCAGUUGGAUGCCAGCGACUUUGACUCCGCCAGCUGCUUCAGCGAGCUGCAGUGGUGUGCGGAGCACUCCGAGACCGAGUCCAGCCAGUACAGCACGGACGACUCCGAGCUCCUCCAGAUAAUAGACAGCGAGAAUGAAGCGCUGCUGGCAGCCCUCACCGAGACACUGGACGAUAUACAGGGAGAUGACGUGGGCCUGGCUGCCUUCCGCCCUAUGGAAGAGGGGGACACGCUCCACCAUGCCUACACCUCGCCCACCCCCUCCCCCAAACCCGCCGCCCCGCUCGCGGGGGGGCCGCCCCCGGCCCCCGAGGGUGAUGAGCUGUCUCUACUGAAGAAGUUGCUUCUCUCUCCAUCGCACGUGCCUCCGAGCUGCGAGGCGCAGAGAGACGGCAGCGCCCGGCGCCCGGGGACCCCUAAGUCCAGAGCCACGCGGCCCUGCGCAAAGGCAGAGGGUCCCCGGGACAGGAAGGCAAACCUGCAGCAGGCGCAGAGCCGCAGCUGCACGGAGCUGCACAGGCACCUCACGGCGGCAGCUCCCUGCAUGCAGAGCAAAGCCCCCCAUGGCCCCGAGGAGUGUCAGAGCAGCAGCCACCACCCGCCCCUGGGUGACUGCGCCCACCACGAGGAUGACAGCGACUGCAGCGAGGACUCGCUGAGCUCCGGCGACACCGUCACAACCCCGACCUCCUCCUCCGAGGACAGCGCUGGCAGCCAGUUCUCCUGCGAGAGGGAGAUGCACUCGGUGGUGGAGCUCAUCCGCUACAUGCACACCUACUGCCUGCCGCCGCGCAAACUGCCCACGCGCGACCCUGCCGACGCCAAGAGCCAGCCCUGCAGCAGCCCCUUCAAGAGAGCCAAGGCGGACGGCGCGUCGCCCACGCGCCCGCCGUGCGGCGCCGGGGGCCGGCCGGGCUGCGCCUGGCAGGCGGCUGGCACCUGCAAGAAGCCCAGGGCUUCCUUCUCCAUCCUGAAGGAGCUCCUGGCUCGGGACCUCCUGUGUGACGUGAGCAAGCCAUACCGUUUGAGCAAACCCGUGUACGCCUCCCUUACCCGGCCGCCUGGCGCGCGGUCAACAGGGACGGCGGCCCAGGACGAGGAGGACGCCAGCAGGUCCAGAGCCAAAACGCCGCAGGAGAAGGCAGAGCUGUGGCCCGGCCCCAAGGUGGAGGCAGAAGCCCUGCAGGAGGCCGGCAGCCUCGAGGAGGAGGCGGGGAGGCGGGCGGGCGCCGCGGGCCCGCCGGGCGCAGGCAAGGCCGCCCGCCGGCAGGACAGCGCCCUGUACGCCGUCCGCCGCUCCAAGAGACUCAACCCCGAGCUGGGCCACUGGCUCUCCUUCCUCGAUGAGCUGCCCGCGGAGCCGCCUGCCCCCGGUGAGGCGGCUGAGAGCCGCGGCCCCUGGGAGGCCGCCAGGGAGCCGUCCCCGGAGAGCUUCUCAUCCCAAGAGCCGGCGGCGGAGGUGGAGGUGGCGGGCGCGGAGGACGGGGAUGGCGGGAGCGCCGCGCAGGCGGCCGAGCCCCGGCCGCUGCCCCCGGGCGAUSGUGAAGGGGGCGAUGGGGCCGAGAGCCAGCGCUGUGCCCUCCUGGAGCGAGCAGAAACACCGCGGUGUCUCACCCUGUCCUUGGCGCAAACGGACACAACCUUUGGGAAGAGAAACUUUGAGCCAAUGCUGACUGUGGAGCUGUGUGGGACAGCAGGUCUCACACCGCCCACCACUCCGCCAUACAAGCCAGCUGAGGAGGACCUGUACAAGCCAGACAUCCCUCAGGAGGCAGGGAAGGAGAAUAGCACCAYGACCAGCCCCGGGAUCACAGCAGAUGCGGCAGCUCCCCGGAAACCCCUGAAGAAGCACCCUGAGAGGACGGAGCUCUUCGCGCACCUGAGCCGAGCUGCCGCGUGCCCGGCUCUCCCUGAGCAGCAGGGAGUGCUGAAACGGCCCUUCUCGCGCUCCUUUGGGGACCACGACUACUGCCAGGUCAUGAAGCCUGAGGCCGCUCUCCAGAGGAAGGUGCUCAAGUCCUGGGAUCCCCCAAGCCAGGUGGAGACUGAGCACAAGAGGAGGGUCCCCGACGCACAUUACCAGGGGCUGGACCUCAGCGGCAAGGAGAUGAGCAGCGAGAUCUUGUGGAAAGAUGGCUUCAAGCAGCUGAGAGACCAGGAGAUCAGAGCCAGCUUAACCAAGCACUUCGGCUUUCUGGACAGUGCUCUUGAUGAUGAGGACAUGGCCUUCUGCAAGACUCCUGAGUAUGACACUGUCUUUGAUGACAGCUGCAGCGAGAGUGGCUCUCCAGUGGAAGAGGAGGAGGAGGAAGAUGAGGAAGAGGAAGAACACUGCGAUAGUCCACUGGACACCAAACUUUGCCUACGGAGAAACCCCCUGUCCAGGAGCAGCUUGCACUACUGUUCUCGGAGCAGAUCCAGCUCGGGGUCUUCGUGCUGCCGGUCCCGGUCUCCAGCAAGCAGGCGCCCCUUCAGGUACAGAUGUGAGAACAGCGAGCAGUGUCAAGGUGGCAACGCGAACCGGGGCCAGGUGGAGAAGAGGAGAGAAAAGGCCAUUGGGGAAGGCAGGGUGGUCUAUAUCAGAAACCUCUCCAGCAACAUGAGCUCCAGCGAACUGAAGAAGCGCUUUGAAGUGUUUGGGGAAAUCGUGGAGUGUCAGGUCCUGUCCAGGACCAACAGGGGGGAUAAGUAUGGCUUCAUCACCUACCGGUAUUCAGAGCAUGCCGCCUUAUCUCUGAAGAAUGGCCCCUCACUAAGGAAGAGGAAUGAGCCUUCGUUCCAGCUCAGCUCUGGUGGCCUCGGGCACUUCUGGACCAGAUACGUUGACUUGGAUUGCAGCGCAGAAGAGUCUGCCCCAGCUCCAGUGAAAAGCAAGUAUGAGACCAUGGAUUUUGACAGCUUGCUGCAGGAGGCCCAGCUAAGCCUGCAUCGAUAACAGCCUUAACCUUGGAGGAAUACCUCAAUACCUCAGUCAAGGCACUUCCAAUAUGUUUACGUUUUCAAAGAAAUUAUUCAGUCUAUGAAAAGCGCGAGAGAGAGAGCGAGAGAGAGCACGCACGCGAGAGAGAGACUGCUGUCCCUUUCAAUCGAUGUUUACAUUGAACAAAGCUGCUUCUGUCUGUGAGUCCCCAUGGUGUUGAUGUCUCACUGCCACACAUUAGUCUCCCUGCUUCUGACUGGUUGUUUUAGGGUGAGCCUAGGAGCCCUUCUGUUCCCUUCCCCGUCCCCUGCCCCGUCUUUCCCGGCCCGUGCUCCCGCCAUGGAGUUGCAGCUGUGUUCACCAUAACAUUUUUGUCCGUAGUGUGUGAUGAUGAAAUUGUUAAUUGUGAAUAGAAUCAGGAUUAUAAACUAAUUUUUAAUAGAAGAAGAAAGAAAAAAAGUAUAUACUUAAAAAAAUGUAUUUAUGGCUCAGAUGUACUGUAAUUCAGAUUUAUUGUAUCGCUUCCUUGAUUUUUAACUAUGCACUGUAAUGAGGCACUUGCCACUGAGCAAAUGGGGGGGUCAGGGCAGAGUCACAGGGCCAGCGCGUGCCAACGGGUGGCGGAGGUGCCUGGCAGC